AUGUGCAAUGUCAGAUGGACGGUCAGUUGCAGACUGAUCGACGGGCUGCGGGGACAGGCGAUCUGCAAGACGCUGAGCGGCCUCACGCGGCGGCAGCAGGACAGCUGCAGGCGGCACCCCGUGCUCACCCUCGCCGCCAUCGAGGGCCUCUCGGCCGCCGCGACUGAAUGCCAGCACCAGUUCAGGUGGCAUCGCUGGAACUGCUCUUCUCUAGCCGUCAGGGCCCCGCACAACAGUUUCAGGGAGAGUGCGUUCGCACACGCCAUCACAGCGGCUGCGGUGGCUGAGCGAGUGGCGAGAGCUUGUGCUAGCGGGCGAGUUCUUGAGUGCGGAUGCGGUCCGGAGCGAGGGGCGGCCGGAGCUGGCUGGAAGUGGGGCGGAUGCUCCCACAACAUCAGGACAGGCCUAGCCUUCUCCCAGGAGUUCCUAGACGUCAAGGAGUCUAACAACGGCGACAUACAGUCCAGGGUCAGCCUUCACAACAAUGAAGCCGGCAGGAUGGCAGUAGCUAAAAAAAUGGAGGUGAAAUGUAAAUGUCAUGGUGUAUCAGGCAGCUGUGAGCUUCGAACAUGCUGGAGAUCCGCACCCGACCUUCGGACGAUAGGAGUUGCGUUGAAGGAGCGGUUCAGAGAGGCAAUUAUGGUGGAGGAAUCUAACAAAGGAGGUGGAGGUUUGGCUGUCAGGAAAAGAAGGAAGAAGAAGAAAAAGCGACGGAAACGUCCACGGGAUCUUCGAGGCAGCCUCUUGUACUAUGAGAAGUCCCCAAGCUUCUGUGAGCCAGUAGCAGGACUGGAAGCAGGAGGGACCACGGGGAGGAUCUGCAAGAAGGGAGGGCGGGGAGUGGACGGGUGUGCAUCCUUGUGCUGCGGGCGAGGGUACAACAUCAUCAGGCGGCGUUUAGUCGACAGGUGUAACUGCAAGUUCCACUGGUGCUGCUACGUUACCUGCAGCAACUGCACCGUAGACGAGUGGAUCACCGUCUGCAAGUAGCCUCACCAACUGUCCUAUGUACAGAACUAAACACAUUAUACACAGCAUUACGUAGCUCUAGCUCUAGCCGACGUGUACUAAAGAUAGCCAGACUCCUUAUAGCUCUUGCACUAUUUUAACUAUAAGACUAAACUAGUGAUUGAACCACCUAUUAUUUAGUGUAGCGUCGCUAUUCUAUUGUAUUCCGAACUAUUUAAUGUAGGAUUCUCGUAGAAAUUAAUACAGCAGUGGUUUUCAUCCGUGUUAAUACAAACCCUAAGGUGGCAUUUAUACUUAGCAUAUACCCAUAAUAAAACAAAUAAAUUAUUAUGCACUUACUUUAUUCCGGGUAUUUAAGGUAGUUUUCUUUGGAAAUAAAAUUCGUCAUAUAAUAUUAACUCGUAUCAGUGAAUAAUUUAAGAUCAAAACAACCAAAAAGUAGACAAAAAUAUGUUUUAUUUAAGCUGAAAAAAUAAUAACUGCGCUCUUUGACUCUCCGCGGUUCCAGUCCUUACAAUAAAGACAAUCUUGUUUUGUUUUUCCAUUGGAAUAACACAAUUCAAUAUGUUUUUGAAUAUUUAUUCUAAAAAUCGUUGAAAUGUUAAGUUGGGCAGACUUCAAUUAAAUAAAAGAAUUAAAAUAACAUUACAAAUUUUACAUAUUUAAUUUAAAUUGAAUAACACCGAAGAUAACACAAUACAAAGUUUAAUGAACCCAAACUGUCGCUUAUGAUUUAAUAACCUAUGUAUUUAAUAUUAUUAAAUGUAUUUAUGAAUAUAUAAAAUUUUUGGUGACGAACCAAUAAAAUUUGAAUGUACAGUAUUACCUAAUGAGUACAAUUAGCCAGAUUUUUAGAGAAAUCUGUUGUUGUUCCUUGUUAAUCUUUAUUUAUUUAUACAAUUAUUAUAAGAAACAUGUUAAUAUUAUUUAGUAUUAAUUAUCACUUACCUAUCCCAAUGUAUAAAACAUGUAUAUUUUAGUGGCCAAAUUAGAAUAUUUUUAAGGAAUGAUUAAAUAAAUAAUUAAUAAUCC